GGAACAGGUGCCAACGUGCACCGCACAACACAACAUUCUGAGUACGGCAGGCAGCCGUUGGAAGCCGUAGCACCACCACCAUACAGUUUUGACUAAUUGGUGCCCACUGCGCUCUUGGCUUUAGACUUCUCAGCUUCACAGAUCCCAGAGCCUCAAACUCAAAGACCACAGCGAAGUCCAAAUUCCAAAGUCCACGUUGGUUUAACGGUAAAACGGAAUGACAAGAAGUGGUUAAACCAACUGUUUAGUUUUUAUCAUAUCUUUGUCAUUCUUCUGUUUCUGGCUUUUCAUUGUUCCUCCAAUUUCCCUACUGAGCUACCAAGAAGACCCAGAGAGCCUUCCUCCCAGCCUCCCAGAGACUCAGAUAGAAGGGAUCAGGGCAAAGCCUUUUAUUUUCCUUCCAGCAGGUAUGGAAGACCAUGCUGUUUGUGAUAAUACUGUUGGCAGUCCUGAGGUUGAGAUAAACUACCUAAAUCAACGGGUGCAAUCUAAUGAAUCUGGCAUGCAAGAGUUAGAGAGUUACCUGAAAGUUUUAACAAAGCUGGACUUGGACUUGGCAUAUUCUUCUGAGAAGUUGGCAAAUCUCCAUGUACCUCUUAUAUACCUGUUGGCUCAGCAGAAUGAUCUCGAGGCAAUGGCCACCGUCAAUAACUAUAUUCUCGCGGACUUUAUUGAGAAAGUAUUGGUAUUCAAUUUCCUAUCUAGCAUUCUAGAUUCUGAGGUAAGAGAGCUAGACAAUUUCAUGGAUGCUCUCCAAGCAGGAAUUAUUGAUGCCCGUCAAAAAAUAUCUUCGUGCAGACACUUGGGAAAACUGUAUUCUAUAAUGGAAGGAAAGUUAAAUGAUUCUGAAGAAUCACUAAAGCAAUCUCAAGAUCAAAUUUCAGAGCUUAAGAUGCAGUCAGAAAGGUUUCAGAGAACCAUUCUAGCUUUUGCACAUGAGAAUUGGAAAACUGACAUUGCCAUGGAUUUAUCAGAAAAUGCUCAAUGGGCGAAUAAAAAUGCAAAGUCAAAUUUAAAGAUGCCUAGACAACAAAGACAUAAUCUGUGGAUGCUGGAGAAAUCACUUUCAAGAGAGCUAUAUCUUGAGAAGAAGUUAACUGAAUCAAGACAAAAUGAAGAAGAACUUAAAUUAAAGCUACAUCGUACAGAACAGGUAGCAUUUCACAUGGAAGAAGCAGCAGAAGUUGUUUGGGGAAGAUUUUUAGAGGCAGAGAAUGCUGCUGAGGUGCUCCAGGGGAUUUCAAAGGAAUUAUUAGGUCGACUGCAGCUUAUUCAGUUUAAUCUAAAUGGUUCAAUUCAACGAGAAAGCGAGCUAAAAUUCAAACUUCAAGCUAGUUUAGAAGAGCUGAAAGCAAAAGAUACUGCUUUGCAGAAGCUCAAGAAUGUUCAUGAAGAGAACAUUAAGAAAGAUGUUGAACUGUCUGCUUUGAGAGAAAAGGUGGUGUUCCUUGAGAAACAGCUGAAAGAAUCAGAGCUCCAGCUGAAGAAUGCAAAUUCCACCAAUGAAUCAAGUCAAGAGAAACUUGGGGAAAUGGAAAGGUUAGUUGAGUCUUUGAAAGAAAACAUCUUUACAACAGAAGUUAAGGCUGAGAGUGCAGAACUUAAGGUUGCGGAAUUAACAGGAACGAAUGUGGAACUCACUGAAGAGAUGAGUUUUCUAAAAGGAAGUGCUAGUAACACAGAAAAAAAGGUUGGCAGUCUAGAAAAGCAGUUGAGGGAAGUAGAGAUCCAAUUACAGCAUGCAAAAGCAUCCUCUGAAGCAAGUCAAGAGCAGCAGAAUAUGCUAUAUGCUGCAAUUUGGGAUAUGGAAACUUUAAUUGAAGAUCUAAAAUCAAAGGUUUCAAAAGCUGAAAAUAAGACAGAAAGUACAGAGGAGCAGUGUGUUGUGUUAUCUGAAACUAACUCAGAACUAAAUGCGGAAAUAACUGUUCUAAGGAAUAGUGUGGAAUACUUGGAAUCGUCUUUGGAUCAGGCUAACAAUGCAAAAUUUGCAAGUGCAGAAGAACUCAAUACCAGAAUCAAGUUCAUGAUGGAUAUGGCAAUGCAACUAGCCAUAGAACGAGAGCGCAUCCAAAAGCAGGUGCAUGUCUUAGUUAUGGAGAAAAAACUGCUGGUGGAGAAGCUAUGGAACACCAAAAAAGAUGCAAUUGAGUGCAACAACGAAGACAGUGAAAACAAAGAGCUUCCAUUUUCCAAGAAUAAUUUUUUGAAUGCUACUUCUAUGAAGACAUCCACGGAAGCUGUGACAGAGUCCUUAGAUAAAAGUUUCCAGGUGGAUGAACCAUCAGAAGAGGCACCUGAGUGUGAUACUGAAGCAGGGGCUUCCAGUUCUGCUAGCAGCAUGGUUUCAGAACCUGAGACUUCCAGAGAGGUAAAGGCCAGGUGCCUGAGCCUAAAGUAUGUUUCCAUAAUAGUCUUUGUAUUUUCAGUGUCAGCCAUGUAUUUGCUUAACCAGGAACCUUUCCUCUUUGACGAAUUGUGAUAACUUUCCUCACACAUUCAACAUCACGAGGAGGAGCCUUUCAUGUUGGUGACAUGACAUAUUGUUCCAUGAUUUUUUUUUUCCUGAAGCUCUAAAUUGAGCUAGAUGUCUUCUUGAAUAGUUUUUCUAGGUUCUGCAGAAUGUGAUGUUGUAUAAGCAGGAAGCACAUGGUAAAAAGAAGGGCAGUUAUGCUUUUCAUUAUUUUAUAGAGCACCCAAGUAAACAUGAGAUUUCCUGUUAAA